AUGGAAAAUGAUAGAAUGAAUAACCCUCAAGGGCAGAGUGAUGUAAACAGAGGGUUUAAUAACAUGAACUAUUACAAUAACAAUACCAAUGGAAUGAACAAUGGAAAUAAUAUGAAUGCGGGAUAUUAUGGUGGGUAUGAAGGGCAAAAUAAUAAUUUUAAUAUGAAUACAAAUAAUACAGGUAUGUAUAUUAAUGAAGAAAGUUUUAAGAAUAAUCAAAAUACCAAUAAUAGUGCGAUGCAUAAUAAUUUUAAUAUGAAUAAUCCUAACUAUAAUGGAGGUAAUUAUAAUAACUAUAGUAAUUAUGGCGCCAAUUACAACAUGGCCAACAAUAUUAAUAGUCCUAGCAGUAUGAACGCCCCUAACAAUAUUAAUAGUCCUAGCAAUAUGAACACCCCUAACAAUAUGAAUAACAUGAACAAUGCUAACCAUAGUGGAUAUAGCAGCAUGGGAAAUGUAGCACCAAAUUAUUAUCAGAGUGACCAAUAUAUAUUAAAUAAAAAAACCGCUAAAAUAUUGUAUAUAUAUAAUGUAACAAGUGAAUACUCCGAUGAGAAUUUUAUUUAUAGCUUAUGUUCUAUUUAUGGUAGUGUUGAUACAGUUAGUUAUAUGAAAGGAAAAAAUGUAUUUAUAGUAAAGUUUGGGUCUGCAGAUGAUGCAUUAAACGGAUAUAAAAAUUUACCAACACAUUUUAAAGACUUUCAAUAUGAGCUUCGUAAUGAGUCUAAAAAAAUUAGUUAUUUUAGUGAAAAGGCUAAUAGCCAUAAAUAUGUAUCUCCUAAUCUUUCUGAAAAAAAAUUUUUAUCAUUAAGCCCAGAAAAACGAGAAAAAAUUAUGAGCAUAAAACAAAAAGAGCUAUUAAGAAAGUGUAAGGAAAAAUUAAAUGAAUAUAUUAACAUGUUCAAUAACAAAAAUAUAACAGAAGAUGAAAAAAAUAAAUUACAAGCUUUGAUAGAACAUUUAAAAGCACGAAUACAUGCAUUGAAUAAUCAAUGUGAUAAUGCAAAUUUAGGAGGAAUACAAAAUCAGUAUUUAUCAAACAAUUAUAAUAAUACGUAUGAAAGUAACAGAAACACUAAUAAUAUAAGCGGAAAUGUUAAUAAUUCAAACAUUUCUAAUAAUAUCAACUAUAAUAAUAACAUUUAUGCGGAAGGUAGUACUACUAUUAAAAUUAAUUCGUUGAAUAAUAUUCAAAAUAACGAUGACUUAAGUAAUUAUAUAAUUCAAAACAAUUCUAUAUUUUUAAAUGAACAUAUUUCAUAUCUUUCAUUAUUUACAUUUGGUGAAAAAUAUGCAAUAAUUAAAUAUACUAAUCAAAAUGCAGCAAAAACAGUUCUCAACAAUUGCACUAUGUGCAAUAUUAAUGCAGAAUUUGUUCCCGAUGAUAAUGGCAAUCAGCAAGGUAGCUAG